GACGUUGCAUGAGUUCAGCUGAACUGUUUCAUGCAGGCAGGAGCUCCGUCCCGGGACCUACAGCCAUGUCAGAGACGACCAAACCCCGGCUCAGCGAGGCUCAGGUGCUGGAGCUCGUACAGCGGCUCUACGGCCUGGAGCGGUCCACCGUCCGCCCUCUACCCAGCUACGAUGACCAGAACUUCCACGUUGUGGCACCCGGAGGUGGAGGCGAAUACGUGCUGAAGGUCAUGAAUUCAGCGGACAGUACGAACCCCACUGUGAUCGACGUCCAGACGCAGGCGAUGAGUUUUCUGCAGGAGCACGGCAUACCUGCGCAGACAGCCGUGCGCAACGCAGCGGGGGAGCUCAUGAACCUCGAGGAGAUCGAUUGUGGCUUCGGCUGUCAGAAGUUCAUGGUGAGGCUGCUGACCUACCUCCCGGGAACCACCAUUUCCACGGUGCCGUACACACCUCAGCUGCUGUACGAUGUGGGGAAAAUGGCCGCUAGGAUGGACCAGGUUCUUCUCAAGAUGGACCACCCCCACCUCUCUGCGCUACAACGGGACUCGUUCAUCUGGAGCCUGUCCAACGUCCCUCUCCUCGAGGGCUACGUCUACAGCAUGGACGGGGACCCUCUCCAGGAAGUAGUCAAAGCCGUUAUAGAAGAGUUCAAAACCAGCGUGCUCCCGAGACGCCAUGCGUUCCGCAAGUGCCUCAACCAUGGCGACUUCAACGACCUCAACAUCCUGGUGGAGCCCGACCAGGGCAGCGACUACCGGAUCUCGGGCAUCCUGGACUUCAGUGACAUGAACAGCGGCUACUACGUGCACGAGCUGGCCAUCGCCAUCAUGUACAUGAUGAUCCAGCACCCCGACCCCGUGGCGGUGGGGCCGCCCGUCACGCAGGGCUGGGAGAGCGUGGUGCCCCUCAACCCGGAGGAGAGGGACUGCCUCUACCUGCUGGUGCUUUGCCGCUUCUGCCAGUCUCUGGUGAUGGCCCGCCACUCUGUGAGGCUUCAGCCCCACAACGAGGAGUACCUCAUGACCACGGCCCGCACGGGCAUGCGCAUCCUCAGGCAGCUGUGGGACCUGGGGAAGGCGGAGGUGGAGAAGGUGUGGUUCCAGGACGGCCAGGGGAGGGUUUUAGUAGGGGACGGGGACAAAUGAGGACACUUGUUAUUUUGAGUGUGUGAGUGUAUCAGAUGUUACUUGUUGUGGAUUUGAACACCACUGUGCCAAAUCAUGUCACCCAUGUGCCUAAAGGAUAAUCCCGACAAUGUCAAUGUGAUUAAAUGAACCUGAAGGAAAUGUAUGCUGUAUUUUUCUGUACAUUGUUGAUCAAAGAGCCAAGAGUUGGAUGCUGUGAUUAUUUAAUCAUAAAUAAACAAACAUAGGAACAAA